AAUGGGGUAAAUAAUUUUUUUUUUUAAUAUUUCUGAAUUUCUUAAAUUACACUCUGACCAAAGCAACACCUCAUACAUUUGUCAAUAAAUUUCGAAAGUUAAAACAAAAAUAAAAACAAAAUUUUAGUUUAAAAUUUCGAAUCCCAACAAGCCCAUGGCGGGGAUGAGGCACGAAGUACUCCUGGUCCUGGGUUCCCUGGUUAUUGUAAUGGGCAUGGGCGCGACAGCUAAACUCUAUGGCUCCUUUAAUACCACCGAAAAAGCGUCGACGAAAUUCACAAUAGACAGGUUUAGACUCGAUGAAGACGAUAUCAAAAUUUUCGAAGACGGAUUGGAGAAUAUGAACUUUAACGAGGGAGUCGUGGAGGGCGACGGAGGCUGUGCUAAAAUUCCCGGGGAACAGACUACAAUCGCAGGAGCAGCUCAGCUAUGGGCCUCUGCUUGGGUCAUCUUCCUUUCGAUCUGUCUUAGGGCAAAGCGGCUUCUUUUCUCAUUUAUUAUAAAUUGUUGUUUUUGAAAUGUACUAAAAUUUUCUUUUCAAUUGACUAGAAAUUUGUUGAGGUUUUACAAUAUUUGUAUGAGUAUAUCUACAUAUUCCUAGGGUUCCUAUG